AUUAGGAGUGGCUCCAUCUCUGUUAUUAGAGACGUUGUGAUGUUAAAGUGAUGUUUGAUCUUUAGGAGACAUCGACAGAGAUGGAGCUUCUUCCUCUUCUGUGUCUCUGCCUCCUGACUCGCUCUGGAAUCACGUCUGUUCAACUAAACGGAGCAGCUCCAGAGCCAUCUGUCAAGAUACUUAAUCUAACAAACAACUCAGUGCUGCUGCAGUGUGAGGUUCAAGAUGCUUCUCCAGACCUUAAAGUAGAGCUGCAGGACAGUGCUGGAAACACACUUCCUGCUGAGGAGCCCCAGGUCUCAGAAAGAGGAGACAGAUACUACAUCACCCUCCAAACUACUGUGUUCAAGACCGACAACUUCAGCUGUGUCGUCACACAGGAGGAAACCAACCAACAGAUUUAUGCUCAGACCUUUGUGCAUAUCAGUGGAGCAUCUCCAGAACCGUACAUCAGGACUCUGAAAGCCACAGCUGACUGGGCCCUGCUGCAGUGUGAGGUCCGAAGGGCGGCUCCAAAACCUAGAGUGGAGUGGAAGGACAGUGCUGGAAACACACUUCCUGCUGAGGAACCACAGACCUCAGAAAGAGGAGGCAGCUACUACAUCACUCUCAUCACUACUGUGACCAAGACAGACAACUACAGUUGUGUAGUAACACAGGAGGAAAUCAGCCAUCAGACUCACGCUGAGACCUUUGUGCUUAUCAGUGGAGCAUCUCCAGAACCGUACAUCAGGACUCUGAAAGCCACAGCUGGCUGGGACCUGCUGCAGUGUGAGGUCCGAAGGGCGGCUCCAAAACCUAAAGUAGAGUGGCAGGACAGUGCUGGAAACACACUUCCUGCUGAGGAGACAUGGACCUCAGAAAGAGGAGGCAGCUACUACACCCUCAUCACUACUGUGACCAAGACAGACAACUACAGUUGUGUAGUAACACAGGAGGAAAUCAGCCAUCAGACUCAAUCUGAGACCUUUGUUCAUAUCAGUGGGAAAGUGUGUGAAGACUCAUCUGGAAAAGUGGCCAUCGGAUGGAUGAUUGUUGCAUUAGUUUUGGGAGUUCUGAUUGUUGUUGCAGUAGCAGUUCUAGUUCUGCUUGUUCUUACAAAGAUCAUCACAAUACGCUGCAAUAGAGGUUCUCGUCAGCAGGGAAUAGGUUUGCGUGAACAGGAAAAUGGUUUGGUCAACCAGGGAAACGGUUUAUGUGAAAAGUGUUCAGAGCUGCUACAUUCACAAAAUGGUCGAUGA